AUGAGCAACAAAACUUUUGGUGCAUUGCUAAAAUUGUUGAAAGAUGUCUUUCCUUUCUGUGAAAAGUUACCUACAAGCAACGAUGGUGCAAAGAAAAUUGUUGUAGAAUUAGGUAUUCAUUAUGAAAAGAUCGAUGCAUGCAAGAAUGAUUGCAUUAUUUAUUAUAAGGAGCAUGCAAAUGCAACGCAAUGUCCUACAUGUAAGCUUUUGAGAUGGAGAACACAAGAAAAGGGUAACAAAAAGAAAGGUGAAAAGGUUCUGAGAUAUUUUCCACUCACGCCAAGGCUUCAGAGAUUGUAUAUGUCAUCAAAGACAACUGCAGAUAUGAGAUGGCAUUCUAAAGAUCGUGUGAAAGAUGGUGUAUUGAGACAUCCGGCAGAUUCUGAGCAGUGGAAAUCUUUUGAUCAAAUUCAUGAGUCAUUUGGUAUUGAACCUCGAAAUGUACGACUUGGUUUGGCAACAGAUGGAUUUAACCCUUUUGGGAAGAUGAAUCUUCGCCAUAGUACUUGGCCAGUUCUCCUAUUCCCGUACAAUCUUCUUCCGUGGAUGUGUAUGAAUGAGCCUUAUAUUUUCAUGUCCUUACUUAUACCUGGACCAACAAGUCCAGGUAAUGACAUAGAUGUAUAUUUGAGGCCAUUGAUUGAUGAGUUGCAAACACUGUGGGAAAAUGGUGUGGAAACGUAUGAUAUAUCUACAAGGCAAAAUUUUCAAAUGAGAGUUGCACUUAUGUGGACUAUCAAUGAUUAUCCGGCAUAUGCUUACAUGUCAGGUUGGAGCACUCAAGGAAGAUUGGCAUGCCCAUAUUGUGCCUCUAAGACUUCACAUCGCAGUUUAUCUCAUGGGUCAAAAAUGUGUUAUAUGGGUCAUAGACGAUUUUUACCGUCUAACCACUCAUGGCGCAAGCAAAAAAGCAAGUUCGACAAUACAAGAGAGAAAACGGUUGCACCCAGUAGACCAUCUAGUGAUGAUGUUAUACAAGAACUGGAUGAAUUAAGAAAAAUAACUCAUGGCAAGCAGAACAAGCAGACGAUACCUGGGUUUGGAAGGAGGCAUAAUUGGAAAAAACAUUCUAUAUUUUUUCAAUUACCUUAUUGGAAAACACUUUUGGUGCGUCACAACUUAGAUGUUAUGCACAUCGAGAAAAAUGUAUUUGAGAGUGUGAUUGGCACAAUGAUGAGCAUUGAUGGUAAGACAAAGGAUUCUUUAAAUGCUUGCCUUGAUCUUCGCGAGAUGGGUAUAAGGGAAAGAUAUCAUCCAAAGGUAAGAGAAAAUGGUAAGCUUGAUUUUCUCCCAGGUGACUAUACAUUGUCAGACAAUGAUAAUAGAGCCUUAUGUAAAUGGUUAUCUGAAUUACAAGUUCCAGAUGGAUACUCUGGAAAUUUAUCUCGAUGUGUGGUUGCUAGAGAACGUAGUAUUUCUGGUAUGAAGACCCAUGAUUGUCACAUUUUCUUGGAAAGAUUACUUCCUUUUAUAGCUCGAGAGUUAUUGCCUAAAGACGUUUAUGAGCCCCUCAUUGAGCUUUCUUAUUUUUUCAAGGAAUUGUGUGCUAAAGUGUUGAGUGAAGAAGAUUUGAAUGUUCUUGAAAAUCAAAUUGCUAUUACAUUAUGCAAGAUGAAACAAAUAUUCCCUCCUGCCUUCUUUGACAUCAUGAUUCAUCUAACUUGCCAUUUAGCAUGGGAGGCAAAAAUGGCAGGUCCAGUACAAUAUAGGUGGAUGUAUCCUGUAGAAAGGUAUUUGCAUAAACUAAAAAGUUAUGUUCGUAAUAAGGCUCAUCCAGAAGGAUCUAUUGCGGAAGGUAAAUCUUUUGGGAAAGGUGUACUUGAAGAGAUGGGUAUCGAACUCCUUGAGGCUGCCAAGUUUUAUGUCCUAAAAAAUUGUGAUGAAUGUUUACCUUUUGUUCAAGAACAUAAGAAUAUUCUAAUGCAUUCUGGUGUUAGAAAUGUGGAGGAGUCACAUAGGCUUCAAUUUUCAAAUUGGUUUCAUGAGAGGAUCAAACAACUAUACUAUGAUAACAAAGUUGAUAAGCAAAUGCUUUCGUUGGCUCUCGGUCCGGAAAGGCGAGGUGAUGAGAAUAAAAAAACACAAAAUUGUGGAGUUAUGGUUAAGGGGGAGAAUCAGAUUGAUAGUGUGCCUUGGUAUGGAGUAUUAAAAGACGUGGUUGAGCUUUGUUACACUACUACAAAAAGGGCUAUUACUGUCGGAGUAAAAGCGACAAGAAACACCAAUUACUGUCGCUUCAUUGGUAAAAAUUCGACAUUAAAUCGUGCAAUGUCGGAUUGA